GUGUGGUGUGUCGACCACAGAGAGAGAGCGUUCACCGAGGAACCGGAGCAUUGAGUAUGAAAAACACGGUACUUGCUGUGGUCGCGGCUGCGGCUGUAGACGGGGCGUCCGCGUCCGGGGGGUUCUUUGGUCCGUUGGCUGGAGGCGGCGGCGCGAGCGGUGCUGUGGCACCCCGGGGGUCAGGCAAGGCAUCAUCUGAGCCGCCAUCAAGGAGCCGAUGGUUAGGAGCGAGAGGGGCGCGGGAGGGCAUGGUGGACAGCCUCUACGCGACGACGGUCCGAGGAGGGGCAUCAGCCGUUUCGGACUACGAUGCGGGAGUGGGCGGCAAGAAGAAAAAGAAGAAGAAAGGCAGCAGCAAGAAACAGGCGCCACCGGCCGACCCCGCCCCCGCGGACAAGAAGGCGAUCGCUAAGGCCGCCGCUGCGAAGAACAAGAAGGCCAACGAGAAGAAGGCAGCGGCCGCCGAAAAGAAGAAGAAGACGGCCUUGUCCUUGCCUGACGAUGACGAGGAGGAGAUCGACCUCGUGGCCAAGAUGGAGGCUGCCCGGCGGGCUAUGCCUAAUGCUUGUGUGGUGGAUGAUGCCGUGAGCACGGAGGUAGAGCAGACGGUCGUCAGCUUGAGCGCGGCCAAGAUGGACGAGCUCGGCAUCUUCAACGGGGACGCGGUUUUGCUGAAGGGCAAGAAGCGUAAGGACACCGUGUGUAUCGCUCUGGUGGAAGACGGCCUCGAGGACUCGUCCAUCCGCAUGUCCAAGGUGACCCGCAAGAACCUUCGUUUGAGGCUGGGGGACAUCGUGACGGUCCACGAGGCGCCGGAUGUCAAGUACGCCACGGUGGUCCACGUGCUGCCUUACGCGGAGGACCUGGAGGGGGUGACGGGGGAGACGUUCGAGACGUUCUUGCAGCCCUUCUUCGAGGGAGAGUUCAAGCCGCUUCGCAAGGGGGAUACCUUCCAGACGAAGGGCGCCAUGCGCACGGUAGAGUUCAAGGUGAUGGAUAUCGCCACGGCCACGGAGGAGGAGGCAGAAUACUGCUACGUCAACGAGGACACAGAGAUACUCUACGAGGGAGAAGCGCUCAAGCGCGACGAUGACGAAAGUCUCAACGAGAUCGGUUACGACGACAUCGGGGGCUGCAAACGCCAGCUGGCGCAGAUCCGGGAGCUGAUCGAGCUCCCCCUGAGGCAUCCUCAGCUCUUCAACGCCGUCGGCAUCCCGCCCCCAAGAGGCGUUCUCAUGUACGGCCCGCCUGGAUGCGGCAAGACUAUGAUCGCGAGAGCAGUGGCGUCGGAGACGGGGGCUUACUGCUUCACCAUCAACGGUCCGGAGAUCAUGAGCAAGCUCUCCGGGGAGUCGGAGACUAACUUGAGGAAGGCUUUCGAUGACGCGGAGGCUAACUCUCCCGCUAUCAUCUUCAUCGAUGAGAUCGACUCCAUUGCACCGCGGAGGGACAAGGCUGGCGGAGAGGUCGAGAAGCGAAUCGUCUCCCAGCUUCUCACCCUCAUGGAUGGCAUCAAGCCCACCUCCCACGUGGUAGUCAUCGCCGCGACCAACAGGCCCAACGUCAUCGAGCCGGCCCUGCGCCGCUUCGGCCGUUUCGACCGCGAGCUGGACAUCGGCAUCCCCGAUGAGGAGGGACGUCUGGAGGUGCUCAGGAUCAAGACGCGCACCAUGAAGCUCGACGACGACGUGGAUCUUAUCCAGAUCGCCAAGGACACCCACGGGUUUGUGGGGGCCGAUCUUUCCCAGCUGUGCAUGGAGGCCGCGCUCCGCUGCAUCCGGGAGCAGAUGCACACGAUCGACGUCGAUGCGGACAAGAUCCCUGUCGAGGUGCUGGAUGGUCUGGCCAUCACGAACGACCACUUCAAGUACGCGCUGCAGCACUGCAACCCUUCGGCACUGCGAGAGACCCUGGUCGAGGUGCCCAACGUGAGCUGGAAGGACGUGGGUGGCUUGGAGGACGUGAAGAGGGAGCUGCAGGAGACCGUGCAGUACCCUGUCGAGCACGCUGACAAGUUCAAGAAGUUCGGCAUGAGCGCUUCUAAGGGAACGCUGUUCUAUGGUCCCCCUGGUUGCGGUAAGACGCUGCUAGCCAAGGCCAUCGCCAACGAGUGCGGCGCCAACUUCAUCUCCGUCAAGGGCCCCGAGCUCUUGUCUAUGUGGUUCGGAGAGUCUGAGGCGAACGUGCGCGAGCUGUUUGACAAGGCUCGUGCGGCAGCCCCUUGCAUCCUCUUCUUCGACGAGAUGGACUCUAUUGCCAAGGCCCGUGGUGGCAGCGGCGGGGGGGGCAGCGAGGCGGCGGACCGCGUGAUCAACCAGAUCCUGACGGAAGUAGACGGUGUCGGCGCCCGGAAGGCCGUGUUCGUGAUCGGCGCAACCAACAGACCCGACAUCCUGGACAAUGCCAUCACCCGCCCUGGUCGUCUGGACCAGCUCAUCUACAUCCCUCUGCCCGACAUGGACAGCCGCAUCAGCAUCUUCCAAGCUAACCUUCGCAAGUCUCCUGUGGCGGAUGACGUGAGCAUGGAAAUGCUGGCGAGGGCAACCCAGGGAUACUCCGGUGCUGACAUCACGGAGAUCUGCCAGAGGGCAGCCAAGAACGCCAUUCGGGAAUGUGUGGCAGCGGAAAUCGAGCGCAUUAGUUUGAUCGAGUCUGGAGACAUCGACGAGGACGAUGCUGGCAGUGACCCCGUCCCCGCCAUCACCAAGGCGCAUUUCGAGGAGUCGAUGGCCCACUCUCGCAAGUCUGUCAGCGAGGAGGAGCUUGCCCGGUACGAGUCCUUCUCUACCAACAUGAAGUCUGACAGAGGGUUCGAAGAGUUCUCGUUCGAUGACAAGGAAGGAGGCAACGGCAACGACGGAGCCGACAACGAGGACGAUGUCGACGACUUGUACGGCUAAGGAUGACGUUGAUGUUGUUCCGCGCCGAAGAUGAGUCUUGCUGACGAUUCGGCGACUCUGAAGCUGAAGCCGAUCAACGGUUGAUUGGGUUUGGCGUCUCACUCGAAGGUCCGCCGGCGUGUCGGUUUGCGUGAGCGUGCUCGCUUUGAAGAUUCUUGGCGGUACCGCUUUCCGAUGAAUCUGGUAUGUCGGGUCAAACAAUCUACCAAGAGAUGCUUGCGAAGCGUCUGGCCACCUCAAGUCUACCAUAUUUCCGACCAAGCUUUGGUUGGAAAUAAUUGGAUCAUGGCAGGUCUCAUCAAUCAGUUUUGGUUUCCGACAUGGGUGAUAAAUGUUGGUUGGGAUUGCUGCGACAUGGCAUCGUCUUGGUAUGCGGCGAGAUUCUUGUUUUUUUUCCUGUUGGGGUAUGCUUUGGAUUCUCUGAACUAGACACUGGGUAUGUCAAGUAGAUUUUGGGCAGAAUCCUAAUGGAACGCGGCAGUUGCCAAGACAAUUGCGGUGUUGGUGACGAUGCCGAUGCUAUGAAGUGGCGCACGGUACCUGCUCUGAAAGAAAGGCGAAGGCUUGGUUUUGUGCACCACGGGCAAAUAAAGAAACACGAGUAAUACAUAUCGCUGGCGUUUCUCACGUGGUGCUUGUGGCGUGUUAUCACUGCCUCUGUGUUGCUGAGAGGUCCAGUCUUGUCUGGUCUUGCGAGUUUCCCCUCUCGCUUCCGUGUUAUUGGUUGAAGGUGGGUCUAGGUAGUUGGCGCAGGAGUCUGAAGGAGGAGCUCUACCGCACACGCUGGUUGUUGGUUCUUGUUGGGACCUAACCCUGACCAUAUCCGGUCAGAGGUGCGUUUGGUGUUGAGCCACGGGGGGGCAACGAUUGGUGCAAGGGUUUUCAGUUGGAGAUUGAUUCUAUCUGCAGGUUUGCUUUCUUUUAGCGUGUGCGUAUUGUCCUAUCGAGAGUGUGGUAUAACGGUAAGGUGGUAGAAGUAGAAACGUUUGUUAUCGACGAGAAAAAGCCAUCGAUCACUGUUGGAGCAGCGUGCGUUGAUGGCCUUUCGAAGCAGCGGCCGAU